ACAAUAUUUGGACGAGAGGGUGGAGCUAACCCUAACGUUAGCUGCUAGCUUGGUUAGCACGGUGCGUUUACAGCCUGUUGUUAACUGUGAUGAUGCUAAUGCUAAUCUUUGCUAGCGGAAAAACAGACUUAAAACCAGAGAAUUAACGUACUAAAGUAUUGUUAGUUGCACCUGUAUUUUACAAGAUUUUUUGUCCUCCCUGAGAAAGACGGCCACAGAGUGAAGUUGCAGGAUCCCACCAUGUUUUGAAGCUACUGAAGAGGUGAAACAAGUCCGCUCCAGACCCCCCCAAAUCACGGGCUGAAGAUUGAUCCAUCAUCUUCCUCAUCCCUUUGUUCCUCCAGAGAAGGAUGGAGAGCGAGCUUGGACGAGAUGGAGGAGAAAAGAGGAGACGGGGCUUUUUCUAUGGAUGGAAAACACGUUUAUGGCCACCGUGAGACUGAUAGAAACAUCUGCGUUUGCGUGUCCUCAGUUGACUCACCUCUACCUAUUCAUCUGUCCAUAAAGGAUCUCCUUCUGUCUAAUCCUUCUCAUCAUCCCUCCUCCGAUCCUUCGUCCCAACUUCUGUCCGAUCGACCGUCUGGAGAAAAGCUAAUAACAGAAGUUUGCAGCUGGCUGCGAGAACCCUACGAGGCCUCCGUCUCUCCCUCUUCGUGUCUCCCCACCUCUCCGUCCAUCUAUCCAUCCAUCCCUCCCUCUCUUGUCUGGGUGCACAACAAUGGCGUGAAACAUCUGCGGCUACCAGGAGUCCCCGUCAGGACCCCUAGGCGUCCCUGUGCCCGCCUGCCAAAAACGUCUGCAUCUCCUGGACCCCCUCGAGGCAAGGGACAGCCAAAUGUCACUUGGACCCUCUACAGAGUGAAAACGAGAUGAAGAAAUAAGAAUUUCAGCACAUUUUCACACUGAGAGAAUUGACCUGAUUUGUUUUGUGGUGAGUAGCAUCUCUUAGGGCAGAUAUUCCAUCAUUUGUUGUGAAUUUGUUCAAGGUAAAAUCAAAAUUACUUACAGUAAUGUUUCUGUGGAAGUUAGUAAAGAAGUCAGGCAUAAAAACAACCGAGAAGUCCUUUCACAUUGUUAUAAAUGUUUUUUUUCCAGUUACUUUCUCUUUUUCUCUUGCACAUCUCUACAUUCAUCUCUGCCAGUUUUAUUUAUAUUUUCAUAUUAAUACACAUGUACUGUACGUAUGUGUGUGUUUCUUCCUCCUUGACCUUGCUGGGAGGACAAAUGGAAGACAAGGACAAGACUUCUGGCUCUCUCUCACAUAAAACAUUUAUUUAUACAGGAAACUGAGAGAGAUAUAAAUCUAGUCAUUUUUAAUAGGAAACACUCAGUUCAAGUGUGCCUGAGUUUUCCUGUUUGUGUGAGAAGGGUAUAUGAGGCACGUGAACAAAUAUGAAGGGAUAAAAACAUGUCUUAUUCUGGGUCACAGCUGCCGAGAUGAAAACACACACUUGUAACCUUCUGCUUAACCCUAAUUCCCAAUAGACCUGCACACACACCCAGAGUCUACUUUACAAGUCCCUUGAGAGUCCUGUCACACUGGGGGAUAUACAGUAUCGAACAGGGAUGUAGAUGCAACACACACAUGAAUAGAAACAAUAAAACGGCCUUCAUGCUUUUAUUCUCCAUCUGAUACAACGUGGACAUUUCUGCGCUGAUUUUGGGUCAAGUCCACAGAGAGAAAGAAAGACUAAAAAAAUAACAGUUUUAAUAUCCUGUCUGGAAAUAAUAAGAUACAAAACAGAAAACGAAAAGCUCUCAUUCAUCUUAAUAAAAUUAUGUGUGUCUCAUCAUGUGCAGGCCAAUCAUCAUAACUGCAGUGUGUUUUUAUGGUUUUUUUUACUCCCAUUUAUUUAAAUCCAUUUUGGUCCCAGAUUACAGUGUCUUCAGUGGCUAAAGUAAGUCUGUUAAAAUGCUGGAAUAAUGCUGCAUUAGAAAGGCAGGUAACUUAGAAUUAGCAGUAAGACAGGGUGUGUAAUUAAAUGAGUUGCCAUUCAUUUACAAUCCAAUGCAUAAUUCAAGCAGCUGUGUGAAUGAACUGGCUGUAACUAGUAGCUAGCUCUCCAAACAGCACCUACACUGCAAUUAUGGAUGAGAGAUAGGUGUGUGUGUGUUUGUGUGUGUGUGUGCGUGUUUGUGUGUACAACCACGAAGUUAAUGGCUGUGUGGAUGCGACAGUCUAAAUGUGUUCAUCUGUAACAUUUUAUCCUGGUUCACCUCACUCAGCCACUGUAAUGCAGCAAACACACACAUAAGCUCACAAAGGAAAAAAAAGGGGGGACAGGAGAGAGGAGGAAAAGGACAACACAACAUGAAGGGAAGUGAGAAACAGCAUGAAGGGAAGUGAGAAAGAUGAAGGGAGAGAAUUAUCUGCCAACACUAGUCCAUUUUCCAGAGCAGGUAGUUUUCCAAAAACUCUGGAACUUUUUUCCACUUUUUAAACCGCAAUUUUGUUUCUUCGGUCACAGUCCCUCCUCUUAAAAAUGU